GUCUCUUCUUCUUCCUCGUGCCUCGCGCACUCGCCGCGCAAGCUCUCUGCUUGCCUUUUCCCCUCCCGGCUGUGUCGAUAUACUUCCGGACACGCACCUUCGCCGGCGAAGGAGGGCCUCAAUCUCGCGGCGCGACGGAUUCAUAGCCGCGUCGGGAACUAGUUCUUGAGGGGCUUCCGACUGCCUGCCAUUGGGCUGCCUUGUCUUGGUGCAGCCGGGACUCGGGAGCUGCAGCGAAUCGUUGAGUUGGGGGCUUGGUACUCCUCCUCUUCUUCCUCCCGAUGGGGGGUUGGAAUCGGUCGCGGUACGUGAGGAGGCAGCUCGACCGCUCCCGCCGCCCUUCGCACCCACCUCUCCCUCCGCCUGAUUACGGACACGAGCACUGCUCAGUCCCAUUAUGGGAAAGGGAAUUCUGCAGUUAUGUUGGCAACAUUUCCUGGCAUAGGUUCUGCGAAAACAAGCAAUAUGUUUCAGUAUAUAAUAACCUUGAGCAGUGGGAUGAUUCAGGAGCCUUUGAGAAUUUUCAGAAUUCAAAGGCAAGGUUCUGGGCUAAUUAUCAUGGCCAACCUUCUGAUAUUCCUUUGCCAGACCCUGAUAUGUACAUUGAUAAGGUCGACCAUCACUGCAAAGUUGACCCUGAGUUGGUAGCGGACCUGGAUAAGGUACGGCUACCAUUUGACUCGGAUUAUAGUUCAGCCCCGGCUACUGGAUCGGGCAAGGCUGGUUCAGAUAACAAGUGUACUCAGAACAGGUCUGGAAACUGGGACAUCUAUAUAGAAAAGCCAGCUGAAGUGAAUAAAUGGGACUGGGAUGCCAAUGCGAUUUGGGGAGGGAAGGAUGAAUCUUCCAGUAAAUGGGGUAAUAGCAACUCCGGUUGGGGUGCUUCUCUGGAGGAGCCUAGUUGGCGUGGCUGGAGCAACAACCAGUACGCAUCAAACAACAGGAAUAAUAACUUCUAUGAUGCAUCCAACAGUAAUAGAUACCGGGAGGGGGAUCCAAGUCACACAUCUGGAAGGAAACGGAACCGCGGCGGGUACUUCCAGCAGAGGAACAAUAAACAGAGGGGCCAGCAUGAGGGGCAGCACCAAGGAAGCAGCUGGCAGGAUCAUAGAGGAAGAAACAGAGAAUGGCGUCCAUUGCAGACCUAGGAGACUAGGACCUGCCGAAAUUGUCAGGGCAUAGAGGGUGGCUCUUGUUCCAGUGGCGAAAUCGCCUGAGUGCUUUGCUAAGAGAUGAGUAGUUUGUAGCUUUUGUUUUGUGCCGUCAGUGCCUCAGUGGUGGCCUGGCCGGUGGGCUGCGGGCAAAUUGGUAGAUGUAAAUAAGAUGUUUCAGUUGUGCUGCCGCUCUUCAGGAGCUGUGGUCUUGGUUUUCCUUUUUAUCGCAGUGAGAGCAUGCCAUUUCAGGCCAAAUGUAGUUCACCUGCUUAUGCUUGUCCAUUAGCUCUGUUCAUCUUUUCAAGUAGAUUCUA